AUGGUUGGAACCCCAACAGCUGGUGGAGAACCCGUUGGCCUUGGACCCUACAGUACACUCCUUACGACCCUUAAGCUCAAGGAUGUAUCUGAUUUAGAGUUCGUCAGCGUUAAGGACAUCGAGGAAGCACUUCCCGAGGACGCUACAUUGCAACAUAAGGUAGAUUGCCUACGCCUCCUCAAGCAAGCCAAGGCUAAUCGUCACCGGUCUUCUUCGGUCUACUCGUCUGAAUCGACCUCAACAUCCAUUCUAGCAUCUGCGACUACAACAAGCACAACUGAGGACGCUAAGUCUCUAGCAGGAGUUCUACGCCUCCAACCACCAGACGGCAAGGUAUGGCAAGGCACCUCGGACAAGCGUCCAGCCACAGCCUUCCUCUAUAGAGUAGCCGAGUCUGCUCGACUGGCAGCGCUCAGCGAGAUGGAUACUUGGAGAUAUUUGACUACGGUAUGUAUGCAGCAAAUUCAAGCCCGAGAGCUUGAUAACUACCUAGCCAAGAACAUCGCCUCCGAUGCUACCAUACUCGAUCGACUCCAGUCCGCAGAGCAUUGGUUUAACAACCGUUGGUCUAUCACUAACAACGUGGAUAAGAUCUAUGCUCAGCUCCGAGAUAUCAACCACACUACUUUUAAGAAUGUCGAAGCCCUACACAGCAUCAUU